AUGUCUGAACCACCUUUACCUAGUGCUCGUCGACAACUUUUAUUUGCAAAAUAUGGACCUAUUUUAAUUACACCAUUCUAUUUCGGAUUUUCAACACAUGUCCUUACGCCAAGUUCAUUCACUAGAAUUCUUGGACAUCAAUGGAAUGUACCAGUAGUUAACUCACUAUGGAUUGGAUCUCAUAUUGGUAUUGGUAUAUAUUUAUACAACUCUAAACAUUUACGAAAUGCUAAUACAUUCGAUCGUAUAUUAUAUAGUAUCUAUGGUUCCGCUAUAUUCAAUCUUGGUACUGUAUUAGUUAUGUCAAUUGUUCGUUCAAUUUUUCCUGAUAGUACUCCAUUACGUUUAGGAGUUGGUCUCUCAUCUAGUGCUGCAAUGUUAUUUAUUGGUAGACGAUAUAUUCAAUAUAUUGAUCAAAUAUUUAAUGAAAUUCGAUUUCGAGCAAUAACACGUUAA